GCCAAUGGGACCCGCCCUCCCGGGAAGGGGCGGGGCUUCUGCCUGGCGAAGGUGGGCGAACUUGUGGUGGCCAGGGAAUAGGUUACCUGUGCAGGUUCUGGCGCUCCGGUUAGUUACGUGGAAGUGGUGUCAGCGAGGCUGUUUGCUCCUUCCGUUUACCAGGGCAUCUUCCCGUUGGUGAUACUGGCGCAGAUUUCUGCCGGUGACUCUGUCAUGCCGAACUCGCGGCCCAGGCCCCGCCGGGGCGCCGGGAGUGGCGCCGGGGCAGCUGGGCGGGACGAGCUGGUGUCGCGGUCGUUGCAGAGCGCAGAGCAUUGCCUGGGUUCCCAGGACUUCGGCACCGCCUAUGCCCACUACCUUCUCGUGCUCAGCCUGGCGCCGGAGCUGAAAGACGAUGUGAAGGAAACUUUUCAGUAUACGCUCUUCAGAUGGGCUGAAGAACUUGAUGCUCUCAGUAGAACACAAGACCUACUUGGCUGCUAUGAGCAAGCCUUGGAACUGUUUCCUGAUGAUGAAGUGAUUUGCAACAGUAUGGGGGAGCAUCUCUUCAGAAUGGGCUUUAGAGAUGAAGCAGCUGGGUAUUUUCAUAAAGCAGUGAAGCUCAACCCUGAUUUCAAUGAUGCAAAGGAGAAUUUUUAUCGUGUUGCAAACUGGUUGGUGGAACGCUGGCACUUUAUCAUGCUUAAUGACACCAAAAGGAACACGAUUUAUAACGCAGCAAUCCAAAAGGCGGUGUGUUCGGGCUCCAAAAGUGUUUUGGAUAUUGGAGCAGGAACUGGAAUACUUAGCAUGUUUGCUAGGAAAGCUGGAGCACAUUCUGUCUAUGCCUGUGAGUUAUCCAAGACCAUGUAUGAACUUGCCUGUGAUGUAGUGGCAGCAAACAAGAUGGAAGAAGGGAUCAAACUCUUACACAUGAAGUCGCUUGACAUAAAAAUUCCAAAACACAUUCCUGAAAGAGUGUCCCUAGUUGUAACAGAAACUGUCGAUGCAGGUUUAUUUGGAGAAGGAAUUGUGGAGAGUUUGAUUCAUGCAUGGGAGCAUUUACUUUUGCAGCCAAAGACCAAAGGUGAAAAUGGUAAUUGUGAAAAAUAUGGGAAAGUUAUACCAGCAAGUGCUGUUAUAUUUGGGAUGGCAGUAGAAUGUGCAGAGAUAAGAAGACAUCAUAGGGUGGGUGUUAAGGACGUUGCUGGAAUCUGUUUGCCAACUAAUGUGAAGUUUCAGAGCCCAGCUUAUUCUUCUGUAGAUGGAGAAGAAACAAUUGAACCUUAUACAACCGAGAAGAUGAGUCGAGUUCCUGGAGGAUAUUUGGCUUUGACAGAGUGCUUUGAAAUUAUGACAGUAGAUUUCAACAAUCUUCAGGAAUUAAAAAGCCUUGCAACUAACAAACCUGAUAAGAUUGGUAUCCCCGUCACUAAGGAAGGCAUACUUGAUGCCAUUGUGGUUUGGUUUGUACUCCAGCUUGAUGACGAGCACAGUUUAUCCACAAGUCCUAGUGAGGAAACAUGCUGGGAACAGGCUGUCUACCCUGUUCAUGAUCUUGCAGACUACUGGAUAAAGCCUGGGGACCAGGUGAUGAUGGAAGUGUCUUGUCAAGAUUGUUACUUAAGAAUCCAGAGUAUCAAUUUCUUCCAUUCAGAACAUGAGAUGGAGGUCGGGAAAAGUUUUACCAGGAAUAAAGACUUGCUGUCUUUUGGAAAUGAGGCUGAACUCUGUAGUGCUCUGGCCAACCUUCAGACCAGUAAGCCAGAUGUGGAGCAGACAUGUGUAUUGGAAUCUACAGAAAUUGCUUUGCUUAAUAACAUCCCAUACCAUGAAGGCUUUAAAAUGGCAAUGAAGAAAGUGUUGUCUUCAUUGACUCCGGAGAAACUGAGUCAGGCCAUGGAUACUCAGUGUCAGAAUAACGAGAUGAGCUGUGAAAGUGGACUGAGUAAUGUUGACCGGAGCAUCCCUGAGCCUUUGUAUGUGUUAGAUGUGUCUGAGGGCUUCUCUGUUCUGCCUGUGAUUGCUGGCACCCUUGGGCAGGUUAAACCUUACAGUUCUGUGGAGAAAGACCAGCAUCGUGUCACUCUGGACCUCAUAUGUGAAGCCAAUCACUUUCCUAAAGACACACUUGAGUUUUGGUUGAGACACGUGGAAGAUGAGUCUGCUGUGUUGCAAAGGCCAAAAUCAGACAAAUUGUGGAGUAUAAUUAUAUUGGAUGUCAUUGAGCCAUCUGGACUCAUUCAGCAGGAAAUAAUGGAAAAGGCUGCAAUAUCCAGGUGUUUGCUCCAGUCUGGAGGCAGGAUCUUUCCCCAGCACGUGCUGAUGCUUGGGUUGCUCGUGGAGUCGCAGACGCUGAUGGAGGAGAGUGCUGUCCAGGGGGCGGAGCGAACUCUUGGCUUCAACAUAGCGCCCUUCAUUAACCAGUUUCAGGUACCUAUUCGUGUAUUUUUGGACCUAUCCUCAUUGCCUUGUAUACCUUUAAGCAAACCAGUGGAGCUCUUAAGACUAGACUUAAUGACGCCAUAUUUGAACACCUCUAACAGAGAAGUAAAGGUACACAUUUGUAAAUCUGGACAAGUGACUGCCAUUCCAUUUUGGUAUCAUAUGUACCUUGAUGAUGAGAUUAUGUUAGAUACUUCGAGUGAAGCCUCUCACUGGAAACAGGCUGCAGUUGUUUUAGACAAUCCCAUCCAAGUGGAAAUGGGAGACGAACUUGUACUCAACAUCCAGCACCACAAAAGCAACGUCAGCAUCACCAUAAAGCAAUGAAGAGCAGUUUUCUAAUGAAAAAAUGUGGAAGUAGAGCAGUGGGUUUCCAGUUCUUCUAGUCUGAAUUAGUAGUGGGAUUGUAAUCAUAAAAUGGAGGUGUAUUUAAGUCCUUGAAAUGGUCAAAUAUUUUUUAAAAAUUGACAUUAAUAAAGUGUAUUUAAAAGGCCCUAACUAAAGAGUAGUGUUAUUACAAAAAUCUUGCUGCAGACUUCCUUUCUGGCAAAGGCUGUCAUUAAUUUUUCAAAUUAGGAACUUUUUAUUGCUUGGUUUUACUUACUAUAAUUAAAUUUUGCCAAACUUGUUAGUCUGUACUCUAAAGCUGAAAAGAUAAGGAAUUUUGAGUCUCCUAUUCAUUUUUUAGACAUUCUGGCUAUUUUCCUUAAAUCUGAACUUUUGGUGAGGGUACCUCAAAAAGUUGGUUUCCACUGAAGAUUGAGGAUGUUUAUGUCUACCUGUAAAUUCUAAGCUUGCUUCUUGUAAAUGUUCAAAUACUUCUGAACCACCUUCUCAGUUUUGUGUUUUGGGAAUGCAAAUCUGAGUAAGACUUUUAAGCUACAGACUAAAUGUAAUUUAAGAGUAAAAGGACAAAAAAAAAAUCUUAGGAAGCAGCAUUUUUCUUGGUCUACCUUAAGCAAAGAAAAAUUUUAAAGCUGAUGAAUUCAGAAAGAGUUAAACCUAAACCAGUAUUUUUCAAAGUUCUGAUGUGAAUACACAGUAAGAAAAAAAAAAAAUUAGUCCAGAUUUCACAGACCUGAAAUAGAGAGAUUAAUAAAGAUUAUCAUACAUUGUAUAUACUGUGUGCUCUGUAGGUAAGCCACGCAGAAAAUAAGAUGUACCUUCUCUCCACACUGUCUGUUCUCCUUGCCUUUAGUAGUAUACUGCCCAACUUUACUUUCAGUAGAAAUGUUUCAUUUAUAAUAGACAAUAAAAACUUUGUACCUAA